UAUCUCGCAAAACGUCAACAUUUCGGACAGUGUGGGAUGUUGCAAGCCUCCCCUAUCUGAGUUAAUUGUAACUGUGAAACCACUGGAGAGGGAGAAGGCAUGACAGUGCUUGUUGCUGAGAGUAAAGUGAUGUACACACUGACUGCUCUGCAGGUUCCUUUCACUCCUUAUUGGCUCUACUGAAGGUUGCUGCCCCAAGGGGACGUGGGUGGCUUAGCAUCUAGUGGUCAUUAUGUCAAUGCUUGGGACAAGAGGUCAGCUUUAUUGAUCAGUGAGCAGUGCACUGUUGAUAAAAAAAAAGGGUUUAGGUGUUUGGAAUUGAAACUGACUCAUUCACCUGAGACAGUGUCUGGUCUGCCAUGGAUCCAGGGAAACAUCCCUCCCUUCUCCUCUUACUUAUGCUGGGCAGUUUUGCACUGUACCUGCCCAGUGCCUCUGCAGUUGUGAGAGAACAUUAUGUGGCUGCUGUGUUUGCUGAUUGGAACUACCAACACCAACAAAACCAGAGCUCCAAUUUUAUUUAUAAGAAGCUAAUAUACAGAGAAUAUGAAGCAGGUUUUAAAAGGGAAAAAACUGUUCCAGCCUUUUCAGGUAUCUUGGGCCCAACCCUACGAGCAGAAGUUGGAGACACACUGAAGAUCCAUUUCAAAAACCUAGCUGAUAAAGCUCUUACCAUUCACCCACAGGGGAUCCAGUAUGGGAAGAGGUAUGAAGGUUCAGAAUAUGCAGACAGGACUUCUGGUGCGGAAAAGAUGGACGACAAUGUUGAACCAGGCCAAACCUACACCUACAACUGGGAUAUUACCGAAAAUGUGGGACCCAAGGACACUGAUCCAUUUUGCCUUACAUAUACUUAUUAUUCUCAUGAAGAUAUGGUGCAAGAUUUAAACUCAGGACUGAUUGGCCCAUUACUUAUAUGUAAAAAUGGAAGCCUAAAUAUUGAUGGUACCCAGAAAUUCUUCAAUAAAGAAUAUAUCCUAAUGUUUGCUGUAUUUGAUGAAAGCAAAGGUUUUCAAACAGUAACCUCAAAAAAUGAUGGAAUGUUAAUAUAUACAGUAAAUGGCUAUGCUAAUGGUACCAUGCCAGAUAUGCAAGCCUGUGUUGGAGAUACCAUCAGCUGGCAUAUAAUAGCGAUGAGCUCCAAACCAGAGGUAUUUUCUGUCCAUUUCUUUGGUCAAAGUUUGGAACAAAACCAUCAUAGAGUGUCCGUAAUUGGCCUUGUUGGCUCGUCAUCAACAACAGCAAACAUGACAGUAAGCCAGAGUGGAAGAUGGCUGAUAACAUCGCUUAUUCAUAAACAUAUUGAAGCUGGUAUGCAUUGCUACUUUGACGUGAAAACAUGCAGUGGCAAAGUAAGCUCUGUCCGCAGAUUAUCGAAUUCUAAUAGGAGAUAUAUUAAAGUUUGGGAACACUACAUAGCUGCAGAAGAGAUUUCAUGGGACUAUCAUACAGGCGACACAGGAAACAGGAAACACUGCCCACAAAAAUAUAAAAAAGUGGUCUAUAAAGAAUAUACUGAUAAAACCUUCACAUCACGUUUAUCUAAAGAAGAAAAACUAUUUGGGCCUGUUAUUAGAGCUCAAGUGAGAGACACCAUAAUGGUUGUAUUUAAGAAUAUGGCAAGUAAACCCUACAGCAUUUAUCCACAUGGAGUAUCAAUUCAUAAGGAUUCAGAAGGUGCAAAUUAUCCUCCGGACCUAAAAGGUGCUGAAACACAGGAUCAGGCUGUCAUGCCAGGAGACAUAAGGACCUAUCAUUGGACUGUUCUUGAUACAGAUGAACCCACAAAAAACGACUCUCAAUGUCUAACGAGAAUGUAUCACAGUGCUGUUAACAUCCAUAGGGAUAUAGCAUCUGGGCUUGUUGGUCCACUUCUGAUUUGCAAAUCUAUGUCUCUAAAUACCAGGGGUGCCCAGGAAAAAGCUGAUCAAGAGCAGAUAGCCACGUUUGCUGUGUAUGAUGAGAACCUAAGUUGGUAUCGUGAAGAAAACCAAAAGGCGUGUAGUAAAGUUAACUCAGAUUACAAAAAUGAAUACAAUUCUAAUGUCAUACAGACUAUAAAUGGGAAUGCUGCCUUGAAUUCAAUAUUAGGCUUUUGCCAUGGCCAGGUUACUCAGUGGCAUGUUUCCAGCAUAGGAGUCUUGGACGAAAUAAUUAGUGUUUAUAUUACCGGUCACUUGUUUCGAAACAAAAGAAAAAGUGAAGAUGUAAUCAAUGUCUUUCCAAUGAGCAGUGAAAGCGUCACUGUGGAAAUGGACAAUCAAGGAGUUUGGCUGUUUGGAACGUUUGGCUUCUCCAAAAAAAAUGAAGGCUUGAAAAUGAGAUUUAGGGAUGUUAAGUGUGAACCAGAAUUUAAUGAAUAUGAAUAUGAGGAUAUAUUCUUUAACAGUAAAGAAAUUACUCGAAAAGACUCUCUAGAAACCUCAGAUAGAUAUCCUAUCGAACAAGAUGGAGGAGAUGAAGAAGAUGAUGAAGAAAGAGAAGGAGAAGACCACGCAAAUGACAAAAGUUCUAUUGACGAGAGUGAUGAUUACAGUGACACCUUGGCUUCAAUGUUUCUUAUUCGCUCAUUAAGAAACAACACAGGAGAAAAAGGAGAGGAACUUAAUUUUACAGCUCAGGCUAUUGAAGAUAUGGAAAGUACACUAAUAGAAAAUGUAAGUAAUUCCACUAGACUAUCGGGUUUUAAAAAAAAUGCAAGCGAUUCAUCUGAUGAACAGUCAAAAGUGGAGGAGAAUUCAUUGGAGCAUCCUGAAAAUAUAUCUAGUGAAGUAGAUAAAGCAAUGUGGAUAGAAGGGCCUGGCAAUAAAACAUCCAUCAAAAUAAACAGUGAAUUUAAUAAAACAAAUAUGUUGGACAAAGAGGCACUUGAGCUGUUUAGUAUAGAUGAAAAUGGCGUUGGAAAUGAAGAAUUGCUUAAUAACAGGACAGAAGAACAUCAAAACAUCACAACUAUGGCCGAGAUGCUGAAUAGCAUAGGAGGAGGAACUGAGAGUCCAGAGUUUGUGUUAGUAGACAAUAGUAAUCAUUUAGAGGAAUUUCCUGAAAAAUCCAUUAAUAAAAACAUAGAUGGUGAAAUACAGUCUUUUAUGCUCUUUGGAAAUAAUUCUGAUGACAUAGAAGUUAAAACCAUGGUAAAAAGACAUAUUCCAUAUGAAACAGAAAACACCACAUAUGUCUACUUAGAUAAAAAUGACAUACCAGAGAAAGAAGCUCAUGAGUUAAAUUUCCCAUCUAAAAUUGAGAAAAAUUACUCUGACAAUGUGAUGCCACAGACUAUUAAAACCAUGAUCCCCGUAUCAGGACUAUCCAAUGAUUCAAACCAGUUACCGAUCAAAACACUAAGGUUGUUAACAGAAAGCAAGCAAAGUGAUUUUAUAGAUCAUCAUACUACAAACUUGACAUUAAAAUCAUCAAUCUACUCUACUGAUCGCAGUUCCAUAGAGGUAAAUAUAAACAAAUUUAUAGGUCCAGAGGUAGUUUCACCAACACGUGCUAGUCGUUUGCCUUCAUCAGGUCCAGAUGAUUUUGUGGAUUUAAAGAGAAGUACACUAACUCACCCUAGUCGGUCUGAUCUCUCAAACACUAGCAAUUUUGAGAACUUAGAUACAAACGGGACACCAACUUAUCCAAGCUACUCAACAUCACAAGGACUAACCAUAGACCAUGAGGUGGACUUCGAAUUUAAAGAAAUGUUUGGGGAUAAGAUGUUGGACGACAUAAUGAAAGCCAUAUAUUAUUCGAUGGACACUAAUGAAACAGUUGAAGAGACAAAUAAUUUGGCAUUAGAAGAAAAAAACAUUGAUGGUAUGGCAGGUUUACUAAAUGAAUCUCUCACAUUAUCAAGUAACAAAACUAAUCAGGAACAGUUUAUAAUAAACCAGGAAACCAUGAAAGAAAACCAAACAAGAGAACUACAUGGAAUAAGAAACCCCACGGGGCAAAAAAAGAUUAGAAGUGUACUUCAUAGGGAAAAAAAAGAUGCAAAUGUCCCCGGCAAAAGAACAGGUCAUCAGAAAUUUUAUUCUAUUAAAAAUGACUCUAGUGAGAUACAUGAACUGCUUGAGGUCGAUAAGGAAGUUUUGUCAAAUAUUUCCGUACGUAGCAGUAGUGGCAAGCCAGCGUUAUCUCCCAGAGGACCGAGACCAGAAAUUAUCAUUGGGGUCUCCAAAACUGAUGAUGAUAGUUAUACAGAAUAUGAUUAUGGCACAUUGUUUGAAGAAGUUUCAAUUCCUGCUAUUCAAUAUAUCUUUUACGAAAAUCCAUACGAAAUACACAAUGAAGAUGAUAUAGAACGUUUCACCAACCCAGAUGUCAUUACAGAACGGUACUUGCGUAGUUCAAAAGGAAACAAGAGAACUUAUUGCAUUGCUGCUGUGGAAAUACAGUGGGAAUACUCUGGAAGUCCAAAAAGUUGGAGUAAUGCAUAUGAGUCACAAACAAGUCAAACCAGACAAACACAAUUCACAAAAGUAGUUUUUCGGGAGUAUACAGACAGCACAUUUCAGACCCCUGAAGAUCAAAGUGAAUAUGAGGAGCAUCUUGGAAUAUUAGGACCUGUUAUAAGAGCUGAAGUUGGUGAUGUCAUAAAGGUUACAUUUAAGAAUUUAGCUUCGAGACCAUAUUCUCUUCAUGCGCAUGGUGUUUCAUAUGAAAAGUCAUCAGAAGGAUUUGGUUAUGAUGACGAGACCUCCGACUGGCUAAAGAAAGAUGACAUUGUUCAGCCAGGAGAAAAACAUGUAUAUGUGUGGCAUGCUCAAACGCAAUCUGGACCAGAGCCAGAUGGGUUAGAUUGCAGAGCAUGGGCCUACUACUCCGCCGUGAACCCGGAACGAGAUCUUCAUUCAGGCCUGAUUGGACCUCUGCUGGUCUGUAGAAAUGGAACACUAGAUAAGUACGACAACAGACCUUUGGAUAUCCGUGAAUUUAUACUGCUAUUUAUGACCUUUGAGGAAGAGAAAAGUUGGUACUUUGAAAAAAAUGACAAAAAGUCUUGCACAGAAGUAUCCACAAAGCAGUCAGGUAGUCAGAAAUGCUUCAUGUUUCAUGCCAUAAAUGGAGUUAUUUACAACCUGCAAGGGUUGCAGAUGUAUGAAAAUAAGAAGGUGAGAUGGCAUCUGUUGAAUAUGGGAGGCCCAAAGGAUGUACACGUAGUCCAUUUUCAUGGCCAAACUUUCAUUGAAAAUAUAAACAAAGAAACCCAGCAUGGAAUCUAUCCUCUUCUGCCUGGUUCAUUUGCAACAGUUGAAAUGGUUCCAUCCCGAGCAGGCCUAUGGCUCGUUGAUACUGAAGUUGCAGAAUACCAGCAAGCCGGAAUGCAGGCAAUGUUUCAGAUUUCUGAUUCAGUAUGCAAUACACCACUGGGCAUGGAGAGUCGUGUUAUACAAGACCAUCAAAUCACUGCACAACAUUACAUAGAUUAUUGGGAACCCAAAUUAGCCAGAUUAAACAAUGGAGGAGCAUACAAUGCCUGGAGUGCUAACAUGAAUAGAACGUCAUUACCAUGGAUUCAGAUUGAUUUUCAAAAACAAUUAUUAAUCACCGGGAUAAUGACACAAGGAGCAAGUAAAUAUUUUACUCAAUACUACACCAGAGAGUUUGUUGUUAUGUACAGUAAGGAUCGGAAAAAGUGGAUAGGUUUUAAAGGAAACGGCACUGCAAAGCAAAAGUUUUUUGAAGGCAAUACUGAUUCAUCCUCUAUAAAAGAAAACAGUUUCGAUCCUCCAAUUUCUGCCAGAUUUAUAAGAAUCUACCCAAUAAAAUUCAACAACAGACCAACACUUCGUCUGGAAUUUUUGGGAUGUGAAAUACAAGGUUGCUCUGUACCGUUGGGCAUGGAAAAUAAUAUUAUCAAGGAUGAACAAAUAACAGCCUCAUCCUAUAAGCAAUCCUGGUAUAAGUCAUGGAAACCUACCUUGGCCCGCCUCAAUAACCAAGGCAGUGUGAAUGCCUGGCAAGCAAAGUCAAACAACAAUCAGCAAUGGCUGCAAAUCGAUUUUCUGCAGACAAAGAAGAUUACUGCGAUAGCCACGCAAGGCGUCAAGUCAUUAGGUACUGAAAUGUUUGUGAAAACCUACAGUAUCCAUUACAGCGAAAAUGGGAAAGAUUGGAUACCCUACAUGGAUCAAUCCAUUUCAAUGGAAAAGAUUUUCAAAGGAAAUGUCAACAAUAACGGACAUGUAAAGAAUGACAUCAGCCCACCCAUAUUUUCACGUUUCUUGAAGAUUAUUCCUAAAUCUUGGAGUGAAAACAUUGCCUUGCGAGUGGAAGUUUUUGGUUGUGAUGCAUAAACACAGAGAUUUACGUGGAGGUUGUCAGAUUUACCUAGCUCAUUGUUCUAGAUAUUACCUAAGUAACAUGAUGUCUUUCUAAGUAUUAGUGUAAUCAAUAUUACAAACAAAGACGUUGAUUUAAUAUUUUUGGGAUAA